GAGAGAGAGAGGUGGAUUUAUUCCACUCUUCCUCGGGAGCAGAAGGAAGCUUCGCGCUCGCACCUUCUCUCUGUUUAUCCAUCUCUCUUUCUCCGUCCAUCGCUCCAUGGGGCGGAUUUAACAGAGAGCUGUUGUUUUUUUUUUUUAUCUCUUUUUUUCCUCAUUUAACCGGGAGGAUUUAUUUAUUCCUCUUUUCUUCUCUCUCCGCGUCUGUUCUUCAUGGUGGAUGCGGAGCCGCUUUUCACACCGAGAUGCAACAGAUAACGAGCUUCUCACUUCUCCUCCACCUUCACGCGCUCUUCUGGGGAUGUGCGCUCGCGGGAGCUCCCAGUGUGCAGAUAGGUGGCCUGUUCCCCAGAGGAGCAGAUCAGGAGUACAGUGCCUUCAGGGUCGGUAUGGUUCAGUUCUCCACACCCGAGUUCCGUCUCACUCCUCACAUAGACAAUCUGGAGGUGACCAACAGUUUUGCUGUCACCAACUGCUUCUGUUCACAGUUCUCACGAGGAGUUUAUGCCAUUUUUGGAUUCUACGAUAAGAAGUCUGUGAACACGAUCACGUCAUUCUGCGGAACGCUACACGUCUCCUUCAUCACCCCGAGUUUUCCUCUGGACGGAACGCAGCAGUUCAUCCUGCAGAUGAGGCCCGACAUCAAAGGACCUUUGCUGAGCCUCAUCGAGUACUACAAGUGGGACAAAUUUGCGUAUCUGUACGACAGCGACCGAGGACUGACGACUCUGCAGGUGGUGCUGGACACGGCAGCAGAAAGGAAGUGGCAGGUGACGGCUAUAAACGUAGGCAACAUGAAGGACGACAAGAAAGACGAGGCGUAUCGUUCACUCUUUCAGGAUCUGGAGAACAAGAAGGAGAGGAGAGUCAUCCUGGACUGUGAACAGGAGAAAGUCAAAGACAUCAUGGAGCAGAUCAUAACCAUUGGGAGACACGUUAAAGGAUAUCACUACAUCAUAGCCAACCUGGGCUUUGUGGAUGGAGACCUGUCCAAAAUUCAGUACGGUGGUGCAAACGUGUCGGGAUUCCAGAUCGUGGAUUUUGAAGAUCCUCUAGUGUCCAAAUUUGACCAGCGCUGGGAAGCUCUGGAAGAAAAGGAAUAUCCAGGAGCUGACAGCAAGAUCCGGUACACUUCAGCACUGACGUUUGACGCCGUGCAGGUGAUGACGGAAGCGUUUCGGUACCUGCACAAGCAGAGGAUCGACAUCUCACGCAGGGCUAAUAACGGAGACUGUCUGGCUAAUCCGGCCGUGCCGUGGGCUCAGGGUGUGGAGAUUGAACGUGCACUGAAACAGGUGCGUGUUGAAGGUCUUACCGGAAACAUUCAGUUCGAUCAGUACGGCAGAAGAGUGAAUUACACCAUCCACGUCAUGGAGCUGAAGAACAAUGGUCCUGUUAAGAUCGGUUACUGGAACGAAAUGGACAAGAUGGCGGUCACCAAAUCGGACCUUUUCCCCAAUGACACGAUGGGUCUGGAGAACAAGACGGUGAUAGUCACCACUAUCCUGGAAGCACCGUACGUGAUGCUGAAGAAGAACGCAGACCUUUUUUUGGACAACGACAGGUAUGAGGGCUACUGUGUGGAUCUGGCUGCUGAAAUCGCCAAACAUUGCGGCUUUAAAUAUCGGCUGAAAAUAGUGGGAGACGGAAAAUACGGAGCCCGAGACGCAGAGACGAAGAUCUGGAACGGGAUGGUGGGAGAACUGGUUUAUGGGAAAGCUGACAUCGCCGUGGCUCCGUUGACCAUCACGCUGGUCAGAGAGGAAGUGAUCGACUUCUCCAAGCCCUUUAUGAGCCUGGGCAUCUCCAUCAUGAUCAAAAAGCCUCAGAAGUCCAAGCCGGGCGUGUUCUCCUUCCUGGACCCUUUGGCAUAUGAGAUCUGGAUGUGUAUCGUGUUCGCCUACAUCGGUGUGAGCGUGGUGCUCUUCCUGGUCAGCCGUUUCAGCCCGUACGAAUGGCACACAGAGGAAUACGAGGACGGACAGAUCCAGACCAGCGAGUCUACCAAUGAAUUUGGGAUAUUUAACAGCCUCUGGUUCUCGCUUGGAGCCUUUAUGAGACAAGGAUGUGAUAUUUCACCAAGGUCUCUCUCAGGUCGUAUCGUGGGUGGCGUGUGGUGGUUCUUCACCCUCAUCAUCAUCUCUUCGUACACGGCCAACCUGGCUGCCUUUCUCACCGUGGAGAGGAUGGUGUCGCCCAUCGAGAGCGCCGAGGAUCUGGCCAAACAGACCGAGAUCGCUUACGGGACGCUGGAUUCUGGAUCGACCAAAGAGUUUUUUAUGCGCUCUAAAAUCGCUCUCUUCGAGAAGAUGUGGGCGUACAUGCGCAGCGCCGAGCCGUCCGUCUUCGUUAAAACCACGGCAGAGGGAGUGGUGCGAGUGCGCAAGUCGAAAGGGAAGUACGCCUACCUGCUGGAGUCCACCAUGAACGAGUACAUCGAGCAGCGAAAGCCCUGCGACACCAUGAAGGUCGGCGGGAACCUCGACUCCAAGGGCUACGGCAUCGCCACGCCCAAAGGAUCCUCAUUAAGAAAUGCGGUUAACCUCGCAGUUCUAAAACUGAAUGAGCAAGGCCUGUUGGACAAAUUGAAAAACAAAUGGUGGUACGACAAAGGCGAGUGCGGCAGCGGGGGAGGUGAUUCCAAGGUCAGCCCCAGAGAGCAAAGCCUUAUGGGAAAAGACGAGUGCUCUCAGCCUGAGCAAUGUGGCCGGUGUGUUCUACAUCCUGGUGGGCGGUUUGGGCCUGGCCAUGCUGGUGGCUCUGGUCGAGUUCUGUUACAAGUCGCGCGCUGAGGCCAAGCGCAUGAAGGUGACCUUUUCAGAUGCGAUGAGGAAUAAGGCGAGGUUAUCUGUCACCGGGAGCACAGGGGAGAACGGCCGUGUUAUGAGUCCCGAGUUCCCUAAAGGCGUCCACCCUGUGCCCUACGUAGGGCCCGACGUUGGCAUGAACGUCAGCUUAACUGACCUUUCAUGAGGGAAAUCCCCCUGCCGAGUGCCUUAAAAUGGUUUAUCCCUUCCUUUUCCUCUCUUCUUCAGUCUAUCUCUCUGUUUCUCCCUCACUUUCUCUAUUUAUAUCCCGGAUGAGAGACAGAGGCCAUGUUUUAAUAUGGAAAAGACAUUUGUGCCACACGUACACCUUUCACAGUGACAUCAUUGCCUCUAAAAACACGCCUAAAGAGGUGAUGAGGUCACGUCCCCUGGUCACGGAUGGGUUUUUGGACGAGCGUGAAAUUAGGAGCAUCAGUGCGUUUCAUCUAGACGUGUGCCGAUGAUCAUUUGUACGAUGAACAAAUCCCUAGAUAGGCAGCCUUUCUAGGCAGCACUUGAGUUUGGUUUGAAUAAGGUAUCGUUCUUCAUGAAUGUUUUUUUUUUUUUCAAUUAUAAAAUAUUAUUAAGUCGUAAUUCCAAUAAAGUCCGUAUUAAAACGUUAGACAAACGUCGUGGUAUGACUUUUUAAAAGACGUGAAUAUCGGCACACGCCUAGUCUGUCGUCCGUGUUUGCUCGAGCACAUUACAUACUUUUAUUAAUAAAACAAUAAAAAAUACACGAAAAAAAUUUUCUAUGUAUUUUCACAUAAAAUGCUUUGAAAUAAAUCUGCUUACAUACCAGUCGCGUCUAUAACAAUUUACACGUCAAUCUUAAUCCGUGUCCUUUUCGAGCUCGGCUCUUAGUUUCAUACUUUU